GAAUCGAACCCGGGCCUUCGACGUGACGACAGAACGCUUUAACCACUAGGCUACCCCACCGCCCCGCCAUUGAUGGAUGCUUGUUAUAUGGUCGGAGCCGUUCUCUACUUUUUAUAGAGAUUUUUCCCAAUAUGCUGACGAAAGAAGAAUCGUUGACGUUCAUCAGAGAUGUUCUGGAUAUCUCAGACGCUCCAUCAAAGAUGGCGGCCAAUAAACUGGAAUUCCUAAAUCUACUGGUUUUCCGUCUACAGCACACAGUCCCAUUCCAGAACAUAAGUCUAAUGGCGGAGGAACCCAGUCAGAGACACAGACCAACCACAGACGAAAUGAAAGAAUCUUUAUUCUCGAAGAAAGGAGGAUUGUGCUACACUCAGAAUGUUUUUGCGUUCUACUUUUUAAAUUCCUUAGGCUAUGACGCAUAUCUGAACAGCGCAACUGUCACGACACCUGCAAUGCUUCCGGAUAAUCACGUGAUCGUCUUGGUAAAGAAUGUCGUUAAACCUGGAGAUUUGUACCUGGUUGAGAUCAGCAUUGGCCAUCCAACAUUUGAAGCUAUUUGCAUGGAUUUUGAAAAAGAAUCGCCACUGAUCAAAGAAUCCUUCCUUGAAUACAAGUACGUUAAAGAAGAUGGGAAGAUACUGCGCAUGCACGGAGAAGGAGACUUCCGGUCAGCCAAAUCUCUUCCUUAUGAAUAUUACAUUGGAAAUUUCAGGCGUUUUUACGACUUCGAAUUGAAUUUGACGACCGACCUGGGAGAGUUUGAUGCAGGCUUCGACUCUGUCUUCACCGACCCUGACAUCACACCUUUCCAUGACUGCAUACGUGCGAUCACGUUCAAGGACGAGAUGGCCGUGAUGCUGGUGAAUUCGAAGCUCAUGCUUGAGGGUGAUGAUUGUGAGUUCACAGUACGCCAGUUCGAUGACGACGAUGAGCUGGUAGAGGCCUACAAUAAGUACUUCCCACAGUUAAGUAUCGGGGUCGUGGAAAAGGCAGUCAGGAACUGGAGAACGGCGUGUAGCUUGAGACAGAGAGCAUCUGGCGCUAACAAAUGAAGAUUCCAAGAGUAUCAAGGCAUACGAGGCCGACAAUUCUUCGACGUGUCAAUUUUCUCCCUGGACACACGAGGAUGGUAAUAUGUCGUGACAAAAACUAAAUAUAUAUUAUAUUUCUUUAAUUUUCAUAUAAAUAUAUGUAGAAGAAUCUUAAAUUGUGCAAUGCCUUCACAACAUUUUAAAUCAAUAUACAACGAUUAAGCUGAAUUACCUUGUGCAAUGAGCACAAAAGAAAUACACUAGUGUUACAUAUAAAAUGUAAUCAAUUCA